GAGCGGAAGAGUGAGUGAGAGAGAGAGAGAGAGAGAGAGAGAGAGAAUAAGAGGCGGUCAGUUUCUCAUUCUUCCUUUAUCAGUUGAGAUUUGUAUCUGGAGCCUAGACCGCAGUGACUGCUGCUGGCUUCAUGGCCACCAUGGAAAUCCAAGACCUAGGGCAACAGCGUCUGCCUAGGGAGACGAUGGCCACCACCUCUCCUCAGAGAAUGGAUACCAGUGGUGGGAAAGUGCUGGAGUCUGCCGAUGACAUCCAGGAGCGUCGGCAGCAGGUGUUAGACCGCUACCGGCGCUUCAAGGAGCUGUCGGGUGUGCGCCGGCAGAAGCUGGAGGACUCCUACCGUUUCCAGUUCUUCCGCCGCGAUGCCGAUGAGCUGGAGAAGUGGAUCCAGGAGAAGCUGCAGAUCGCCUCCGAUGAGAACUACAAGGACCCCACCAACCUCCAGGGCAAGCUCCAGAAACACCAGGCCUUCGAGGCGGAGGUGCAGGCCAACGCUGGGGCCAUCAUCAAGCUUGACGAGACUGGCAACCUCAUGAUCUCCGAGGGUCACUUUGCCUCUGAAACCAUCCGCACUCGUCUGGAGGAGCUGCACCGUCUUUGGGACCUGCUGCUGCAGAAGACCAAGGAGAAAGGUGUUCGUCUGCUGCAGGCCCAGAAGCUGGUGCAGUACCUGCGCGAGUGUGAGGAUGCCCUGGACUGGAUUUGUGACAAGGAGGCCAUGGCCACCUCGGAGGAGCUGGGCCAGGACUUGGAGCAUGUGGAGGUGCUCCAGAAGAAGUUUGAGGAGUUCCAGACGGACCUGGCGGCUCACGAGGAGCGUGUGAACGAGGUGAACCAGCUAGCGGGCAAGCUGAGCCAGGAGUCUCACCCCGAGGCGGAGCUCAUCGUCCGCAAGCAGGAGGAGGUGAACGCCGCCUGGCAGAGGCUCAAGGGCCUGGCGCAGCAGAGGCAGGGCAGGCUGUUUGGAGCCGCCGAGGUGCAGCGCUUCAACAGGGAUGUGGACGAGACCAUCAGCUGGAUCAAGGAGAAGGAGCAGCUCAUGGCGUCCGAUGACUUUGGCCGGGACCUGGCCAGCGUUCAGGCCCUGCUGCGCAAGCACGAGGGCCUGGAGAGAGACCUGGCUGCCCUGGAGGACAAGGUCAACACUCUGGGGGGAGAGGCUGAACGUCUGCAGCAGACCCACCCCCAGAACGCUUCCCAGAUCCACCUGAAGAGGGACGAGCUCAUCACCAACUGGGAGCAGAUCCGCACGCUGGCCGCUGAGCGCCACGCCCACCUCAACGACUCCUACAGGCUGCAGCGCUACACUGCAGACUUCCGUGACCUGACCAGCUGGGUGACGGAGAUGAAGGCCCUGAUCAAUGCUGACGAGCUGGCCAAUGACGUGGCCGGAGCCGAGGCUCUCCUCGACCGCCACCAGGAGCACAAGGGUGAGAUUGAUGCCCAUGAGGACAGCUUCAAAGCCACGGACGAAGCCGGUCAGGCCCUGCUCAACACCGGACACUACGCCUUAGAGGAGGUCAAGGAGAAGCUGGGUGUCCUGACUGAAGAGAAGGAGUCUCUGCUGGAGCUGUGGGAGGUGCGCAGGCAGCAGUACGAGCAGUGCAUGGACCUGCAGCUCUUCUACAGGGACACAGAGCAGGUCGACAACUGGAUGAGCAAGCAAGAGGCUUUCCUUCUGAACGAGGACCUUGGUGACUCUCUGGACAGCGUGGAGGCCUUGCUUAAGAAACACGAGGACUUUGAGAAGUCCCUCAGCGCCCAGGAGGAAAAGAUCACUGCCCUGGAUGAAUUUGCCACCAAACUGAUCCAGAACAACCACUAUGCCAAGGAGGAUGUUGCUACUCGUAGAGAUGCUCUGCUGAGCCGCCGCAACGCCCUGCACGAGCGUGCUCAGUCACGCCGCGCCGCUCUGGAGGACUCGUUCCACCUGCAGCAGUUCUUCCGUGACUCGGACGAACUCAAGAGCUGGAUCAAUGAGAAGAUGAAGACGGCCACCGACGAAGCCUACAAGGACCCGUCCAACCUGCAGGGCAAGGUCCAGAAGCACCAGGCCUUCGAGGCGGAGCUGUCAGCCAACCAGAGCCGCAUCGAUGCUCUGCAGAAGUCUGGCCAGGAGCUCCUAGACGGGAAGCACUACGCCGCCGACGAGGUGUCUGUACGCAUGGACGAGGUCAGCUCCCAGUGGAAGAAGCUGCUGGAGGCCACCGAACUCAAAGGCAUCAAGCUGCGCGAGGCCAACCAGCAGCAGCAGUUCAACAGAAACGUGGAGGACAUUGAGCUGUGGCUGUAUGAGGUCGAGGGCCACCUGGCGUCAGAUGACUACGGCAAGGAUCUGACCAGCGUCCAGAACCUGCAGAAGAAGCACGCCCUGCUGGAGGCUGACGUGGCUGCCCACCAGGACCGCAUCGACGGCAUCACCAUUCAGGCGCGUCAGUUCCAGGAAGCCGGUCACUUUGACGGCGACAACAUCAAGCGCAAGCAGGAGGCGCUGGUGGCGCGCUACGAUGCCCUCCGCGACCCCAUGGCCGCCCGCAAGCAGAAGCUGUCAGACUCCCUGCGGUUGCAGCAGCUCUUCAGGGACGUGGAGGACGAGGAGACCUGGGUCCGGGAGAAGGAGCCAAUCGCCGCCUCCACCAACCGGGGAAAAGACCUGAUCGGCGUCCAGAACUUGCUGAAGAAGCACCAGGCCCUGCAGGCGGAGAUCGCCGGCCAUGAGCCCCGCAUCAAGGCCGUCACCCAGAAAGGAGAGGCUAUGGUGGAGGAAGGCCACUUUGCUGGGGAGGAGGUUAAGGUGAAGCUGGGGGAGCUGAACGGCCGCUGGGACACCCUUAAAGGCAAGGCCGGGCAGCGCAGGCAGGACCUGGAGGACUCACUGCAGGCACAGCAGUACUUCGCCGACGCCAACGAGGCAGAGUCCUGGAUGAGGGAGAAAGAGCCCAUCGUGAGCAGUCCCGACUACGGCAAGGAUGAGGAUUCGGCUGAGGCCCUGCUGAAGAAGCACGAAGCCCUGAUGUCUGACCUGAGUGCUUAUGGCAGCAGCAUCCAGGCUUUGAAGGAGCAGGCCCAAUCCUGCAGGCAACAAGUUGCGCCCACCGAUGAUGAGACUGGCAAGGAGCUGGUGCUGGCCCUCUAUGACUACCAGGAGAAGAGCCCCCGUGAGGUCACCAUGAAGAAGGGAGACAUCCUCACCCUGCUCAACAGCACCAACAAGGACUGGUGGAAGGUGGAGGUGAAUGACCGCCAGGGCUUUGUGCCCGCAGCCUACGUCAAGAAGCUAGACCCCACCCAGUCCUCCUCCAGGGAGAACCUGCUGGACGACCAGGGCAGCAUCGGCCUCCGCCAGGACCAGAUCGAGAACCAGCCGGGGGCAAAGGAGACGUGCAGUGUGUCUGUACGCAUGAAGCAGGUGGAGGAACUGUACGGCACUCUCCUGGAGCUGGGCGAGAAGCGCAAGGACAUGCUAGGAAAGAGCUGCAAGAAGUUCAUGCUGUUCCGCGAGGCUAACGAACUGCAGCAGUGGAUCAACGAGAAGGAGGGCGCCCUCACCAACGAGGAGGUGGGCUCCGACCUGGAGCAGGUGGAGGUGCUGCAGAAGAAGUUUGACGACUUCCAGAAGGACCUGAAGGCCAACGAGUCUCGUCUGAGGGACAUCAACAAGGUGGCAUCUGAGCUGGAGUCUGAGGGCCUAAUGGCAGAGGAGGCACACAUGGUCCAAGCUCAGGAACAAGUAAUGGUGGGUUCCGUUCCUGGCAAGGAUGAUACCGACUCCAAAAAUGCUUCACCAUGGAAGAAUGUACGCGUGGCUGUUCAAACGACAGCUAACUUUAAUACUAUCAAGGAGCUGAACAACCGCUGGAGGUCCCUGCAGCAGCUGGCUGAGGAGAGAAGCAACAUGCUGGGGAGUGCCCAUGAGGUGCAAAGGUUCCACAGGGAUGCGGAUGAGACCAAGGAGUGGAUCGAGGAGAAGAACCAGGCCCUGAACACAGAAAACUACGGCCACGACCUAGCUAGCGUUCAGGCUCUGCAGCGCAAACAUGAGGGCUUUGAGAGAGACCUGGCCGCCUUGGGAGACAAGGUGAAGUCUCUGGGGGAGACGGCGGAGCGUCUGAUCCAGUCCCACCCGGAGGCUGUGGACGACAUCCAGGAGAAGUGCACAGAGCUCAACACGGCCUGGAGCAGCCUAGUGGCGCGUGCCGACCAGCGCAAGGACAAGCUGGGCAACUCCCACGACCUGCAGCGCUUCCUCUCCGACUUCAGGGACCUGAUGUCCUGGAUUAACGGCAUCCGAAGCUUGGUCUCCUCAGAGGAACUGGCCAAAGAUGUGACCGGGGCUGAGGCCCUGCUGGAGAGACACCAGGAGCACCGUACUGAGAUCGACGCCCGUGCGGGCACCUUCCAGGCCUUUGAGCAGUUUGGCCAGCAGCUGUUGGCACGCGGCCACUACGCCAGUCCGGAGAUCCAGCAGAAGCUGGAGGCCCUGGACCACGAGAGGGCCGACCUGGAGAAGGCCUGGGUCCAGAGACGCAUGAUGCUCGACCAGUGCCUGGAGCUCCAGCUGUUCAACCGUGACUGUGAGCAGGCUGAGAACUGGAUGGCAGCGCGCGAGGCCUUCCUAGCCAGCGACGACAAGGGCGACUCCCUGGACAGCGUGGAGGCCCUCAUCAAGAAACACGAGGACUUUGACAAGGCCAUCAAUGUGCAGGAGGAGAAGAUCGCUGCCCUGCAGUCCUUUGCUGACCAGCUGGUCGGCGCUGACCACUACGCCAAGCCUGAGAUCUUCAAACGUCGCAACGAAGUCCUGGACAGGUGGCGCCGUCUGAAGGCCCAGAUGAUUGAGAAGCGUUCCAAGCUGGGCGAGUCCCAGACCCUGCAGCAGUUCAGCCGUGAUGUGGAUGAGAUUGAGGCCUGGAUCAGCGAGAAGCUGCAGACGGCCACCGACGAGUCCUACAAGGACCCCACCAACAUCCAGUUGUCCAAGCUGCUGAGUAAGCACCAGAAGCACCAGGCCUUUGAGGCGGAGCUGCACGCCAACGCAGACCGCAUCCGUGGGGUCAUCGACACAGGAAACGCCCUCAUCCAGAGAGGGGCCUGCGCCGGCAGUGAGGACGCAGUUCAGUCGCGUCUCGGUGCCCUGGAUGAGCAGUGGCAGUUCCUGGUGAACAAGUCAGCAGAGAAGAGCCAGAAGCUCAAGGAAGCCAACAAGCAGCAGAACUUCAACACUGGCAUCAAGGACUUUGACUUCUGGCUAUCUGAGGUCGAGGCCCUUCUUGCGUCUGAGGACUAUGGCAAAGACCUGGCCUCAGUCAACAACCUGCUGAAGAAACACCAGCUUCUGGAAGCCGACAUCUCUGCUCAUGAGGAUCGCCUGAAGGACCUGAACGGCCAGGCCGACAGCCUGACGGCCAGCACAGCCUUCGACCCCACCCAGGUCAAGGACAAGCGCAACGCCGUCAACGGACGCUUCGCCAAGAUCAAGAGCAUGGCUGCCGGCCGCCGCGCCAAGCUCAACGAGUCUCACCGCCUGCACCAGUUCUUCAGGGACCUGGACGAUGAGGAGUCUUGGAUAAAAGAAAAGAAAUUGCUAGUGAGUUCGGAAGACUAUGGACGUGAUUUGACAGGAGUGCAGAAUCUGAGGAAGAAACACAAGAGGCUGGAGGCUGAGCUGGGGGCCCACGAGCCAGCCAUCCAGUCUGUGCAGGACACUGGGAAGAAGCUGUCUGAUGACAACACCAUCGGCCAGGAGGAGAUUGAGCAGAGGCUGGGCCAGUUUGAGGAGCACUGGACGGAGCUGAAGGACCUGGCUGCAGCAAGGGGACAGCGGCUGGAGGAGUCGCUGGAAUACCAGCAGUUUGUUGCGAAUGUUGAAGAGGAGGAAGCCUGGAUUAACGAGAAGCUGAAUCUGGUGGGAAGCGAAGACUACGGGGAUACCCUGGCCGCCGUGCAGGGCCUGUUGAAGAAGCAUGAGGCGUUUGAGACUGACUUCACCGUGCACAGGGACAGAGUGAAUGAUGUGUGUUCCAACGGAGACGAGCUCAUCAACAAGAACAACCACCACGUGGACAGCAUCUCAGCCAAGAUAACGUCCCUGCGGGGCAAGGUGUCUGAGCUGGAGAGGGCCGCUGCCAUGAGGAAAGCCAAGCUGGACGAGAACUCUGCCUUCCUGCAGUUCAACUGGAAGGCCGACGUGGUGGAGUCCUGGAUCGGUGAGAAGGAGAACAGCCUGAAGACUGAUGACUACGGACGAGAUCUCUCCUCUGUGCAGACGUUGCUCACUAAGCAGGAGACGUUUGACGCUGGUCUGCAGGCCUUCCAGCAGGAGGGCAUAACCAACAUCACGGCCCUCAAGGACCAGCUGCUGGCGGCCAAGCACGUCCAGUCCAAGGCCAUUGAGGCCCGCCACGCCGCCCUCAUGAAGCGCUGGAACCAGCUGCUAGACAACUCACAGGCUCGCAAGAAGAAGCUGCUGGAGGCCCAGGAUCACUUCAGGAAGGUGGAAGACCUGUUCCUGACCUUUGCCAAGAAGGCAUCGGCCUUCAAUAGCUGGUUUGAGAAUGCAGAGGAGGACCUGACGGACCCGGUGCGCUGCAACUCGCUGGAGGAGAUCCGGGCUCUGCGCGAUGCCCACGAGGCCUUCCGCUCGUCGCUGAGCUCGGCGCAGGCCGACUUCAACCAGCUGGCUGAGCUGGACCGGCAGAUUAAGAGUUACCAGGUGGUGUCCAACCCCUACACCUGGUUCACCAUGGAGGCCCUGGAGGAGACCUGGAGAAACCUGCAGAAGAUCAUCAAGGAACGAGAGCUAGAGUUGCAGAAGGAGCAGAGGAGGCAGGAGGAGAACGACAAGCUGCGGCAGGAGUUUGCGCAGCAUGCCAACGCAUUCCACCAGUGGCUGCAGGAGACCAGGACAUAUCUUCUGGAUGGGUCCUGUAUGGUAGAAGAGUCCGGAACCUUGGAAUCACAGCUUGAGGCAACCAAGCGUAAGCACCAGGAGAUCCGGGCCAUGCGCAGCCAGCUGAAGAAGAUAGAGGACUUGGGAGCGGCCAUGGAGGAAGCAUUGAUCCUGGACAACAAGUACACAGAACACAGCACGGUGGGCCUGGCCCAGCAGUGGGACCAGCUAGACCAACUAGGCAUGAGGAUGCAGCACAACCUGGAGCAGCAGAUCCAGGCUAGGAACACCACUGGAGUGACAGAGGAUGCCCUGAAGGAGUUCAGCAUGAUGUUCAAGCAUUUUGACAAAGAGAAGUCUGGCCGUUUAAACCAUCAGGAGUUCAAGUCGUGUCUGCGCUCGCUGGGUUACGACCUGCCAAUGGUGGAAGAGGGAGAACCAGACCCCGAGUUUGAGUCCAUCCUCGACACGGUCGAUCCCAACAGGGAUGGCAACGUGUCCUUGCAGGAGUACAUGGCUUUCAUGAUCAGCCGCGAAACAGAGAACGUAAAGUCCAGCGAGGAGAUUGAGAGCGCCUUCCGAGCCCUCAGCGUCGAUGCCAAGCCCUACGUCACCAAGGAGGAGCUCUACCAGAACCUGAGCAAGGAACAGGCAGACUACUGCAUCUCGCACAUGAAGCCCUACCUAGACAGCAAGGGCCGGGAAAUGCCCUCUGCCUUCGACUUUGUUGAAUUCACCCGCUCGCUUUUCGUCAACUGAUCCCUUGCCUGCCAGUAACCAAUCGGGAUGCGUUUGCCGCACACACACAAAUACACGUCUGAAACGGCAUGAUUCUGUCACUAGAAUACUCCAUAGUUAUAGCUCUCACUCUUUGUGCUUCGCUGCCUAGUGAAUCUGUCUGCAUUUGAAUGUUUUAGUGCUUUCGCUGGAUUUAAUAACCCAUAGACGGUCUGCUGUAACAUCACAAUAAGGACUGUUGUGUGCUUAAUAAACGCUACUGGUUAGAACUGGAAA